AUGGGCUUCAACGAAGGCUUCUCCUAUGCAGAGCGACAGACGGUGGUGAAUGGGGGAAAGAAAUCCAAAACUGAAAAUACUGUUGGAACGAUCCACGCAACGGGUGACCAGUUGCCUGUUAGCAAUAAUGAAUUAUAUACCAUCAAAGAGUUACCCGGAAAAGGAUUGGGCUGCUUUGCAACGACAAUGAUUCCCAAAGGCACACGGAUAAUACUCGAAGAGCCCCUAUUCACCGUCCCCAGCAUGGCGACAGAUUUACAGUCUAUGGAAAUGGUCUUCCUCAAGCAGCUCAAAAGCCUGAGUAAAAAGCAACAACAUAUGUUUUUCUCACUACACAAUGCACACAAGGGCAAAUGCAGCCCUGUCAUUGGAACGAUCAAAACGAAUGCAAUGCCAUUCGGUGCCAGGGGCUCAGAGGGUGCCAUUUUCCCCCGUGCAGCACGGAUUAAUCACUCAUGCAAACCGAAUUCCCAAAACACAUGGAAUCAGAACCUGGAAAGACUUACGAUCCAUUCAUUUAAAGAUAUCGAAGAAGGCGAGGAGGUCACCAUCGCCUACGUCGACGGGACGGAAUUAUACGACGAGCGCCAGGCAUGUUUUGAGGAAGCGUUUGGCUUCAGAUGUCAAUGUGAGGUCUGCGCUGCUCCCCGUGAAGAGUCCAGGAAGCGAGAUCGUCGACUGGAGGAAAUGGCCCGGCUUGAUCAUGUGCUAGGUGAUGGGAGACGCAUGAUGUCCAAACCCGACGAUUGCAUUCAAGACGCAUAUACCCUAUUCCGCAUGCUGAUUGACGAAGGCAUCGCCGGCUCCAGGAUUGCGAGGGUGUACAAUGAUGCGCUGCAGAUUUCGAUUGCGCACAGUGACCAGGCGCGAGCAAAAGUGUUUGCGCAGCGAGCGUAUGAGGGGAGGGUCCUAUUGGAGGGCGAAGAUAGCCCGGAGACAAUGCGGUUAAAAGCAAUAGCGGACAACCCUGCUGGCCACGGGUUGUUUGGGUCAACGAAGAAGUGGGAGCAAUCUGUCGAGGCGAUACCGGGGGAUCUGAACAAGCCCGAUUUCGAAGAUUGGCUGUGGAAGCAGAAGAGUUGGAAGGCAUGA